UCCUGCGUCCGCUGCCCUCCUUCCCUCCUUCACGGGAUCCCCUCCUUCCCUCCUUCUGUCUCUCGCUAGCCUGUCGCUCCCAGACGACUAUUGGGCCGCCGCCGCCCUUUUCCAGGUGCUGAGCUUUCCUUGGUCUCCUCGCCGGCGACGAGCACCACCAGCUAUUUGACAAUCCUCCUAACUACGGAAGUUUUUGCAAAAAUUAUUGGUGUACAUGUGUACACCCUUGUACCUUUACUGGAUCCGCCCCUGGCUGCCGCCCUACGCCUAGGUCUUCUUCGAGCCCUUAGCCGCGACGAGCACCACCAGGGAGUAGAAGAGGUUAACCUUCUGGUUGGAAACAAUGUACUUCGAAGGCUAUGGCUUCCGUGGAAGUACUUUCGAGCAGACUUACCGCUGCUAUCCUGCGUCCUUCAUUGACAAGCCACAACUUGAGGCUGGUGACAAAAUUAUAAUGCCACCAUCAGCUCUUGAUCGUCUUGCAUCUCUGCAUAUUGAAUACCCUAUGCUAUUUGAAGUCCACAAUGCAGCAGCAGAACGAACUUCACAUUGUGGUGUUCUGGAGUUCAUUGCGGAAGAAGGCAUGAUCUACAUGCCAUAUUGGAUGAUGCAAAAUCUUCUUCUGCAAGAGGGAGAUAUGGUGUUCAUAAAAAAUGCCAACCUCCCCAAGGGCACAUAUGUGAAGUUGCAGCCUCAUACAACAGACUUUCUAGAUAUUUCAAACCCCAAAGCAAUCUUGGAGAAAACUUUGCGGAACUUUUCUUGUCUAACUACAGGUGACAGCAUUAUGGUAGCGUAUAAUAACAAGAAGUACUACAUUGAUAUAGUGGAGACAAAGCCCUCCAAUGCUAUAAGUAUUAUUGAGACCGACUGUGAGGUUGACUUUGCUCCACCACUUGACUACAAAGAACCCGAGCCAGUAAAACCUGCUGUUCCUGCAAGCACAGAGCCUACUACCGAGGCUCCAGCUGAAGAAGAACCAAAGUUCAUCCCCUUCACUGGUUCAGGAAGGCGCCUGGAUGGGAAGCCUUCCAAAGAUAAAGAUGUGCAGGCCUCAUCCCCUGCAAAGCGACAAGCUAAUGCAACUAAUGGUGUGCAGCCCUCAACAGCCACCACCUCACAGGGCAGUUCAUCACGUAAGACCACAGGAAAACUUGUCUUUGGCUCUGGCUCUGGUGGAAGCCGCACUGAAAAGGCACCUGAAAAGGAAGCAAAGGAGGAGCCAAAGAAAGAAGACCCAAAAUUCACAGCAUUCACAGGAAAGAAAUACUCAUUGAAGGGCUGAAUAAAUAGGAAGAUAAUGUAUUAUCAGUAUUUCCAGUGACAUACAUGAUCAGGGAAAACCUUUUUCUGUGGGAGGGCCUUCUUUGGGUAGAUUACUGUCUGUUUCUCCUGAACUGUUUACCCCUGUGUCAGCCACACCGGAAGCAACUGAUGUAUAAAGCCAUUCUUGUCCGAAAUGGAUUUCUGCUGAGCUUGCAUGUACAUAUUAUCGUCUUAUACUAGCAAAAAUGCUGUGAAACAUAUAGCUUGUGCAAUCAUAUGGACGGCUUGUGGUUCAGAGAUUUAUGCAACAAUUGCAUCAA